AUGGAUAUUGAGAAACAUUCCGCCUUCGCACGUGAUGAUAUUUAUCCGCUACACGCCCUGGAUAAUAAUCCCAAUUGGGUGAACUGGGUUAUGCGAUUCAAUGAUGUUCUUGACGCUCAAAAACUGAAUAGUUCCCUUUCCAGGUUGCUAGAGAUAGGAGACUGGAGGAAAUUUGGUGGACGUAUACGCUGCAAGGGCAAGAAAGAAUGGAAAAUUCACGUCCAAAACUCAUCUGCCACGAAAAGAGAGAAUGUGUCGUUCUCACAUUUGACUUAUGACAUGAGACUUCAAGACCAUCCAGUUGCACGGAAUCUUCCAAAGGAAACGGAUGGCCCAUCCACUCAUCCAAUUCCGAGCGAUUUCCGACCAUUCAUUGCUCGGGCCGACUUCCCCAAGUUUGAGGAAGUUAGCCAGAAAGAUAUCGCUCCGAUAUUUCUUCAUGUCACUUCUUUUCGCGAUGCGACCAUCGCCGCUCUAGUAUGGCCUCAUGUAUUGAUGGAUGUCAUGGGCGGCCAAGCCCUUCUAGCUGCAUGGUCCUCAGUUUUAGCCGGUCGGGAAGAAGACGUACCACCUGUUCUGGGCGCACGCGAAGACAUUCUCCAACAUCCAGCAAUCGUAGCCGAUGACGACGAUGAGUUUAUUCUCGGAAAAAGUCGGCUGACGGGACUUAGCCUACUCAUCUUCCAGCUACGGUCAUUAUGGGACAUGAUUCGGAGUGGCUCUCGAGAACGCCGAGUUAUCUUCCUUCCCAAGGCUUCGUACGAGAAACUCAAAAUCCGGACACGGCAAGAAGUCGCUACAGUCGCUCCGGAAGCUGAGCCUGCUCCCUUUGUCAGCGAGAGUGACAUACUCACGGCCUGGGCGACCCGGGCCAUCGCAUUAUCCGAGCCAAAUUCGCGUUCGAUUGUUAUUAUGAGUCUUCUCAACCUUCGUUUCCGAAUUCCAUUGCUGCUUCAAUCAAGUGGAGUCUUCAUUCAGAACAUGGUAUUGGGGACAUACGCGUUCCUUUCUUCACAGGUUGCUAAAGGUCCACUCGGGCCGAUUGCACUUGGUCAUCGCCAACAUGUCACAGAACAGGGAACAGAACAACAAACCCGCAAGUUUUUGAAGGCUGUGAUGGCAGAUAUCGAAGCGGGGAGGGCUCCAAGGGUUCUGUUCGGGAACUCGGAUAGCGUUGCCGUGAUUUUCAACAAUGUCAUCAAAGCGGAAUUAAUGAAGACUGCCAACUUUGGUCCGGCAGUCAUCACCCAGGGCGAGAACACAGAAACCAGAACAAAUCCUCUUGGGACAAUGGUAAACUACUUUAACGAAUCUCUCGACAAUACUUUCGAGGGGCUCAACAUUUUUGUGAUGCUUGGAAAAGACCAUGCAGAGAACUAUUGGUUUAUGGGAACACUUUUGCCUCGGGCUUGGGAUGUCAUUGAGGAGGAGCUGCGCAACCUUUAA